GUCCUUUCUCGGCCUACGACGUCUUCCUAAACCCGCCACGAUCUCGCUACACUACUAGUAGCGACGCUCACAACCGACUCGGAAAAUAAAGCGAGUCGGCAUUCGAGCGAGCGAGCUGGUGAGGGAGUGAGUGAGGAUGGGAAGAGCGCCGUGCUGCGAGAAGGUGGGGUUGAAGAGAGGGCGGUGGACGGCGGAGGAGGACGCCAUCCUCUUGAACUACAUCAAGGCCAACGGCGAGGGUCACUGGAGGUCCUUGCCCAAGAAUGCAGGGUUACUGAGGUGCGGGAAGAGUUGCAGGCUGAGGUGGGUGAACUACUUAAGGACAGACCUGAGGAGAGGCAACAUCUCCACUGAGGAGGAGAACGUCAUCAUCAAGUUGCAUGCUUCUCUGGGUAACAGGUGGUCUCUGAUAGCCAGUCACUUGCCAGGACGAACGGACAACGAAAUUAAGAAUUAUUGGAACUCGCACUUAAGCAGAAAGAUCGACACUUUUCGAAGACCAUCCAUUGACGAGGCACUGCCUAUGGCGAUGAACCUCGUCAAAGUCAGCCCCCCGAAGAGGAAAGGGAGGACCAGCAGGUGGGCAAUGAAGAAGAACAAGAACUUGCUCGGACCGAAGAAAAACCCAAAUAAAGAAACGAGUGCUAAUUUCGACAUGGUUUCGUCGCCUGCCACACAACCGGUAGAGAGAGAGAGAUUGUCCACCACCAAAGCCAGUUCUGAGGAUAGAGAAACUAAGGAGAGAGAAAGUCUGGCUACUGUUAAUGUUGCUUCUGUUCCUUAUUCCGUCGGAGAGGGCGGUACGACUUCGCCAUUGUCGUCCAACAACCUGAGUAAUCCAUUAAUGUUGAGCCCAAGUGGGGGGAGAGAGGAUGGGACGAUUCUAGGACCAUUGGAAGGUAUUGAUGAGGAAUUGUCGUUGAGCUUUAAUGACAUCGUGGACUAUGCCCCCCUUCUUGACUCAAGUGGGAUCAUGGACGUGAGCAUCGAGACAAGCGGAGAUCAUGAGGAGGCUGCGGCAGUGGGCUCAGGGCUUGAGAGAAAGAGCGAGGGCGGCGAGUGGUUCUCUUGUGUUGAGGAUGACUGUGUGAAUUGGGAUUGGGAGAACCAUGUUGUUCAAGGGCAUGGCCACGAUCAGACGGCGGAGGAGAGGGAUGGCCAGGAGAUGCUGGCGUGGCUUUGGGAGACCGAUGGGGGAGAGUGGGGAAGUCAAAGUUUUGAGGAGGUUGACCGGGAGAAGCAAAAUGCCAUGGUGGCUUGGCUGCUUUCGUAGGGGCAAAUCCAUUAGGACAUUAAACUUAGGUCUCCAUUAUUUUUCGGAUAAAAGAUUGGCGAGCUCACAUAGAGCAGGAAAAAAAAAAAAAAAAAAAAGACAGCGUGAAGUGGGAGAGAAUGGGAGGGAAUCAAGGCCUACGUGUGGAUAUGUUUUCUUUUGUGCAUUUCAAUGUCUCUUGUAGCUAAGUUCGUAGGAAGUGGUAAUUAGCAUGUGUUUCUUUUACUUUGUUAAAGCUCUUUUUUGGGGUUGGUCUAGCAGCAUGUUCACUUCUUGAUUAUGUUGUAAUAGGUCAUUGAUGAAGUGGUGCUCAUUAACUAA